AUGCCGGCCUCGUCCGCCUCCGCGCGUUCCCCCUCGGUCCUCUCUGAGCGGCGGAAUUGGAGGAGGUUAUCCGGCUUAUCUACCUCCUCCCCCGUCGACUCCCGCCCGUCCCCGGACAAUGGCCAUAGCACUGCGAUCACCGAAGAGAUCAGCGAGAUCAAGCGUUACGAGGACUUCACCACAAUCGAUUGGGUUCAGGAUGCGAUCCAUGAACAAGCGCAGCGACGAGCCAAGCGUCGCGACGGCUCUGGGUUUUGGGAUCAAGAAGGGACAUUUGGUUGGAGACGGAAAGUCCGCGAAUCUUACGACGCCGGACAAGCAUGGCUGGUGAUUACGAUUGUCGGUGCAGUUAUCGGACUUAUUUCUGCCAUUUUGAAUAUCAUCACCGAGUGGCUGUCGGAUAUCAAGCUGGGGUACUGCACGACCGCUUUCUAUUUGAAUGAGCAGUUCUGCUGCUGGGGGUCUGAGGGAGGCUGUCCCGAGUGGAAACCCUGGACCUCCUUCUGGCUUGUCAACUACGUUGUAUAUAUCUUCUUUGCGAUUAUUUUCGCCUUCAUCGCCGCACGCCUGGUCAAAUCAUUUGCGCCAUACGCCGCCGGUUCUGGUAUUUCCGAAAUCAAAUGCAUCAUUGCUGGGUUCGUGAUGAAGGGGUUCCUAGGCGCGUGGACCCUCUUAAUCAAGUCCAUUGCUUUGCCGUUGGCAAUCGCUUCCGGUCUGUCGGUGGGUAAAGAGGGGCCCAGCGUUCACUUUGCGGUCUGUGCGGGAAAUGUCAUAUCUCGCUUUUUCAGCAAGUAUAAGCAGAAUGCCUCGAAGACUAGAGAGGUCUUGACGGCGACUGCGGCGGCCGGUGUAGCUGUCGCUUUUGGCAGUCCCAUUGGUGGGGUGCUCUUCUCCCUAGAGGAAGUUGCGUCGUAUUUCCCCCUGAAGACCUUAUGGCGGAGUUACUUCUGCGCCUUGGUAGCGACCGGGGUGUUGGCUGCAAUGAACCCGUUUCGAACCGGACAGCUCGUCAUGUUUCAAGUGCGUUACGAUCGUACGUGGCAUGCAUUCGAGCUGAUAUUCUUCGUGUUGAUCGGGAUAUUCGGUGGAUUGUAUGGCGCACUCGUCAUCAAGUGGAAUCUCCGCGUCCAGGCCUUCCGGAAGAAGUACCUGUCCCAACAUGCUGUCAUAGAGUCUGUGGUCUUGGCGGCUAUAACGGCAGUCAUCUGCUAUCCCAAUAUGUUCUUGAAGAUCAACAUGACGGAGAUGAUGGAAAUUUUAUUCCAAGAAUGCGAAGGAGGUCAUGAUUAUCACGGCCUUUGCGAAUCCAAGAACCGAUGGGCAAUGGUGGCGUCGCUGGCGGCCGCUACUAUGCUGCGCAUUUUCUUGGUGAUCAUAUCGUAUGGCUGCAAGGUCCCGGCUGGGAUCUUCGUGCCUUCCAUGGCCAUCGGAGCGUCCUUUGGCCGAUUGGUCGGCAUCAUUGUUCAGGCUCUGUAUGAGAAAUUCCCGAACUCGCAGUUCUUCUCGUCUUGCGAGCCCGACGUCCCCUGCAUCACCCCCGGGACAUACGCCUUCCUCGGCGCGGGAGCCGCUCUGAGUGGUAUCAUGCACUUGACUAUUUCUGUGGUAGUCAUCAUGUUCGAGCUCACCGGCGCAUUGACGUACAUUCUCCCGACUAUGAUCGUUGUCGGAGUUACCAAAGCCGUGGGUGACCGCUUCGGUAAUGGGGGCAUCGCAGAUCGCAUGAUCUGGGCCAACGGGUUCCCCUUCUUAGACAAUAAAGAAGACCACGUCUUUAACGUGCCCGUAUCGCACGCCAUGACAUCCGACCCAGUCUCACUUCCUGCAUCAGAUUUUCCCGUCCGCGAGGCAGAACACCUCCUCAGCGACAACAAAUUCCAAGGCUUCCCGAUCGUCGAAGACCGCACCAGCAAGAUCCUCGUCGGCUACAUUGGCCGCACGGAGCUCCGCUACGCCAUCGAUCGGGCCCGCGCGGCGGGCAUGCUCUCCCCGAACGCAUGCUGCGUCUUCACCAAAGAGGCGGCGGAGGCAUCCGUCGCGCGGCGGGCAUCCUCCGUCUCCCGACAGACACUUGCGCCCGAAACCUUCGACGACAUCCAGCGGAGCGCUGGCGCCAGCGAUGUCGACUUCAGCCCGUAUAUCGACCACACUCCGUUGACGGUGCACCCGCGUCUGGCGCUGGAGACCGUCAUCGAGAUCUUCAAGAAGAUCGGUCCCCGCGUGAUCCUCGUCGAGCACCGCGGCCGGCUGACCGGCCUUGUCACCGUCAAGGACUGCCUGAAGUACCAGUUCAAGGUCGAAGCCGAGGAGCAGGCCCUGGCCGCGACCCACCCCCCGGAACUCGCCCUGGGACAGCAUUCGAACCAGCCCACGCGGGGCGAGACGCUGGAAGAACGCGUAUGGGGGUUCAUACAGUGGGUGGGGUCCAAAGUGCCCCGGUUCCGUCGCGAGAACCGACCCUCCCUCCCGGACACGACGCGCGAAGGCGAGGGCAUGCUCAAUGGGACGGAAGGCGAGGAUGGGUUUGUAGAGCUAGAAGAACGACAGUAG